CGCCUCACUUCGUAGAAUGGCAUAAACCCCUUUCAGCUUUCCCAUUUCUAAGAAGAAGAUCGCUGUCGCGACGAAGGAGGCGAGCGCGCGGGAACUGCGGAUUUCACACGCAUAUCUCCAUCGCCAUACCAGCGACUGCUUAUUAGUUCGAUCUGGAUCUAGUUGGUCUCUAUUUUGGUUUCUAGGGUUUUCCCCCUUCAUGAAUUCAAAACCUCAUUUUCCGUAGCUUCAGCUCUUCUGAGAAAGGCGGGGUUUUUUCCUCCCUUUUCUGAUAAUGUCUCGAGUUGAAGGCAAUUGGGAGCGGUUAGUACGUGCCGCUUUGCGGAGGGUUCGUUUUGGGGCGGAUGCAUCUGGGCGACCUGCUACUGGCAUUGCCGGAAACGUUCCGUCUUCUUUGGGCAAUAGGGAUAUUGAUGCAAUACUAAGAGCAGCAGACGAGAUCCAAGAAGAGGACGCCAAUGUAUCAAGAAUCUUGUGUGAGCAUGCUUACUCAUUGGCACAAAACUUGGAUCCUAAUAGUGAGGGCCGAGGUGUGUUACAGUUCAAGACCGGUUUAAUGUCAGUCAUCAAGCAAAAGCUUGCAAAGAGGGAUGGUGGAAGCAUAGAUCGCAGCCAGGACAUUGCCCGCUUGCUGGAAUUUUACAAGCUUUACAGGGAGAAGAAUAAAGUGGAUGAGCUACGUGAAGAUGAAAUGAAGUUGAGGGAAUCAGGUGUUUUCAGUGGCAACCUUGGAGAGUUGGAGCGCAAAACAGUUAAAAGGAGGAGAGUUUUUGCAACUCUCAAGGUUUUAGGGACAGUAGUGGAGGAGCUCACUAAGGAUAUCCCUGAAGAGCUGAAGCGAGUAAUGGAAUCAGAUGCAGCAAUGACUGUGGACCUAAUUGCUUACAACAUCAUACCACUGGAUGCUCCAACCAUAACAAAUGUCAUUGAGUCUCUGCCUGAGGUAAAAGCAGCAGUGUUGGCUUUAGGGUACUUUACAGGUUUACCGAAGUUGCCUGCGGGUUUUCCUGUUCCUGCGACAAGAAAUGCGGAUAUGCUGGAUUUUUUGCAGUAUGUUUUUGGAUUCCAGAAGGACAAUGUUGGCAACCAACGCGAACACAUAGUCCACCUCCUCGCCAAUGAGCAGUCCCGACUUGGCAUUCAUGAACAAAUUGAACCGAGAAUGGACGAGGCUGCUGUGCAGAAGGUAUUUUUGAAGUCCCUUGAGAACUACAUUCGGUGGUGCAGUUACUUGUGCAUCCCGCCAGUUUGGAGCAAUUUGGAGGCAGUUAGCAAGGAAAAGAAGUUAUUGUUUGUUUCUUUGUUCUUUCUUAUCUGGGGUGAAGCUGCCAACAUUCGAUUUCUCCCUGAGUGCUUAUGUUACAUAUUUCAUCAUAUGGCGAGGGAACUGGAGGAGAUUUUACGGCAGCAGAUUGCACAGCUUGACAAUAGCUAUAAUUCUCAGAAUGGAAUGUCAUUCCUUGAUAAAGUUAUCUAUCCUCUAUAUGACAUUGUUGCAGCAGAAGCUGGGAACAAUGACAAUGGAAGGGCACCUCAUUCUGCCUGGAGAAAUUAUGACGAUUUCAAUGAGUAUUUUUGGUCAAUCCAUUGCUUUGAACUUAGCUGGCCAUGGCGCACGAAUUCAUCAUUUUUUAUUAAGCCCAAGAAGAGGACCAAGGGCAUGCUUACAUCUGGUGGAAGUCAGCAUCAAGGGAAGUCUUCCUUUGUGGAGCACCGAACUUUUCUUCAUCUUUACCACAGUUUCCACCGUCUAUGGAUUUUUCUUUUUAUGAUGUUCCAGGGAUUGACCAUCAUCGCCUUUAAUGAUGGACGUCUGAAUUCAAAGACCAUCAGAGAAGUUCUCAGUCUUGGCCCCACAUUUGUUAUAAUGAAGUUUUUUGAAAGUGUUCUGGACAUUCUCAUGCUUUAUGGGGCAUAUUCUAAAACACAUCGUAUGGCUAUUUCUAGAACAUUCUUCCGCUUUCUUUGGUUUAGUUCUGCUUCAGCAGUCAUAUCUUACCUUUAUGUGAAAGCUCUUCAGGAUAAAAGUAACAGUUCAGUUAUUUUCAGGAUAUACAUCUUUGUUUUAGGCAUAUAUGCAGCAGUUCACCUUUUCUUUAGUUUCCUCACGCGAAUUCCAGCAUGCCACAGUCUGACUAAUCAAUGUGACCGCUGGGCUGUGAUGCGCUUUAUUAAGUGGAUGUACCAGGAACGGUACUAUGUCGGACGUGAGAUGUAUGAGAGGACAACCGAUUUUUUCAAAUAUAUGAUCUUCUGGCUUGUGGUACUCAGCGGCAAAUUCUCAUUUGCCUAUUUUCUGCAGAUCAGGCCAUUGGUGAAACCAACCAAGGUUAUUGUUACUCUCGAUGGGAUAGAGUACUCAUGGCAUGAUUUUGUAUCUAAAAAUAACCAUAAUGCUUUGACCAUUGCUAGCUUAUGGGCACCUGUGAUUGCUAUCUAUCUAUUAGAUAUUUAUGUGUUCUACACACUUAUAGCAGCCGUUGUAGGGUUUCUUCUUGGGGCGAGAAAUCGAUUGGGCGAGAUUAGAUCUGUAGAAGCUGUCCACAGACUUUUUGAGAAGUUUCCUGGGGCCUUUAUGAACACUCUUCAUGUACCUCUCCCUAGAAGGGAAUUUCUUAAUUCAUCUGGUCAGGUUAUGGAAAAGAACAAGGUGGAUGCUGCUAGGUUUUCUCCUUUCUGGAAUGAAAUUAUAAAAAAGUUGCGAGAGGAGGACUACAUAAGUAAUUUGGAGAUGGAAUUACUUCUUAUGCCUAAAAAUUCUGGAAGUCUUCCUCUAGUCCAGUGGCCUCUAUUCCUUCUCGCCAGCAAGAUAUUUCUCGCUAGAGAUAUAGCAGCAGAGAGCAAAGACACACAAGAUGAGGAGCUCUGGGAAAGAAUUUCGAGAGAUGACCACAUGAAAUAUGCAGUCGAGGAGUGUUACCACGGUAUUAAGCUUAUCCUGACGGAAAUACUAGAUAAUGAGGGAAGGAUGUGGGUGGAGAGAAUAUAUGAGGAUAUAAAAGGAAGUAUAAUGGAAAAGAAAGUUCAUGUUGACUUUGAGCUAAGCAAGCUGCCUCUUGUGAUUACCAGAGUUACUGCACUGACUGGGAUACUGAAAGAGAUCGAAUCACCUGAACUAGCAAAAGGAGCCGUGAAAGCUGUCCAAGACCUUUAUGAUGUUGUGCGCCAUGAUAUCCUCUCUCGUAAUAUGAGGGAAAACUAUGAAACAUGGAACAUUUUAUCGAAAGCAAGGAGUGAAGGUCGUCUCUUUUCGAAGUUGAAGUGGCCCAAAGAUGCCGAGCUGAGAGCACAAGUUAAGAGAUUACAUUCUCUCUUGACUAUAAAUGAGUCAGCUGCAAACAUUCCAAAAAAUUUGGAGGCCAGGCGCAGAUUGGAGUUUUUCACCAAUUCCCUUUUCAUGGAAAUGCCAAAAGCCAAGCCUGUUCAUGAGAUGUUGUCCUUUAGCGUAUUCACUCCAUAUUAUUCUGAGAUCGUUCUGUAUAGUAUGGCUGAACUUCAAAAGAAAAAUGAGGAUGGAAUAUCUGUUUUGUUUUACCUGCAAAAGAUCUUUCCAGAUGAAUGGAGGAACUUUCUUGCUCGAAUCGGCCGAGAUGAAAAUGCACAAGACCUUGAACUUUUUGAUAAUCCGAAUGAUGUUCUUGAACUUCGAUUUUGGGCUUCUUAUCGUGGACAAACAUUAGCAAGAACUGUUCGUGGCAUGAUGUACUAUAGAAAGGCCCUCAUGCUUCAAAGUUACUUGGAAAGGUUGACAUCUGGAGAAAUGACAGACACGGAGGCAACACUUUCUGGUAAUGAUGCAACUGACACUCAGGGCUUUGAGUUGUCUCCGGAAGCUCGAGCCCAAGCGGACUUGAAGUUUACAUAUGUUGUCACUUGUCAAAUUUACGGGAAACAGAAGGAAGAACAAAAGCCAGAGGCUGCAGAUAUUGCAUUGUUAAUGCAGCGGAAUGAAGCUCUUAGGGUUGCUUUCAUUGAUAAUGUUGAGACUCUAAAGGAUGGUAAAGUUCACACUGAAUUCUACUCAAAACUUGUGAAGGCAGACAUCCACGGAAAAGAUAAGGAAAUCUACUCAAUCAAAUUGCCUGGAAAUCCAAAACUUGGAGAAGGAAAGCCUGAAAACCAAAACCAUGCAAUCAUAUUUACUCGUGGGAAUGCAGUUCAGACCAUUGAUAUGAAUCAGGACAAUUACUUUGAGGAAGCUUUGAAGAUGAGAAAUCUUCUUGAAGAGUUCCAUCAGGAUCAUGGUCUUCGUCCACCAACAAUUCUAGGUGUCAGAGAACAUGUCUUUACUGGAAGUGUAUCCUCUUUAGCUUCGUUUAUGUCCAACCAAGAAACAAGCUUUGUGACUUUAGGUCAGCGGGUUUUAGUGAAUCCUCUGAAGGUGCGUAUGCAUUAUGGCCAUCCUGAUGUUUUUGAUAGAGUUUUCCACAUAACAAGAGGUGGUAUCAGCAAGGCAUCACGCAUUAUUAACAUUAGUGAAGAUAUCUACGCAGGGUUCAAUUCGACUCUACGCCUGGGAAAUGUUACUCAUCAUGAAUACAUUCAGGUUGGCAAGGGAAGAGAUGUUGGACUGAAUCAGAUUGCUCUGUUUGAGGGGAAAGUGGCUGGUGGUAAUGGUGAACAAGUUCUUAGUAGGGAUGUUUACAGACUCGGGCAGCUCUAUGAUUUCUUCCGCAUGCUAUCAUUCUACUUUACCACUGUUGGAUAUUAUUUUUGUACUAUGCUUACGGUGCUGACAGUGUACAUUUUCCUAUAUGGGAAGGCAUAUUUGGCCUUAUCUGGAGUUGGUGAAUCCAUUCAAGAUAAAGCUGAUAUAUUGAGGAACACUGCCCUGACUGCUGCUCUGAACACACAGUUUUUGUUCCAAAUUGGUAUCUUUACAGCAGUUCCAAUGAUUUUAGGCUUCAUCCUUGAACAGGGUUUUCUGAAGGCUGUUGUCAGUUUUGUCACAAUGCAGUUUCAGCUGUGUUCUGUCUUUUUCACAUUUUCUCUUGGCACAAGGACUCAUUACUUUGGUCGUACAAUUCUCCAUGGUGGUGCAAGGUAUCAAGCAACCGGCAGGGGGUUUGUCGUCCGCCACAUAAAAUUUUCAGAGAAUUACAGACUUUACUCCCGAAGCCAUUUUGUAAAAGGAUUAGAAGUCGUGCUCUUGUUGGUGGUAUACCUUGCAUAUGGGUAUAAUGAAGGUGGCGCAAUUUCCUACAUUCUUCUAACUGUUAGCAGUUGGUUUAUGGCACUUUCUUGGCUUUUUGCUCCCUACAUAUUCAACCCAUCUGGAUUUGAGUGGCAAAAGACAGUGGAGGAUUUCAGGGAGUGGACAAAUUGGCUCCUGUAUAGAGGAGGAAUUGGAGUUAAGGGUGAGGAGAGUUGGGAAGCUUGGUGGGAUGAGGAACUGGCACAUAUUCGUACAGUUAGGGGGAGAAUAUUGGAGACAAUCCUUUGUACAAGAUUUUUGAUGUUCCAGUAUGGCGUCGUGUACAAGUUGCAUUUAACUGGAAAAAGUACAUCAUUAACGGUGUAUGGCCUUUCUUGGAUCGUGCUAGCAGUGUUGAUCAUUCUUUUCAAGGUCUUCACCUUUAGCCAAAAGGCAUCUGUAAAUUUCCAGUUGGUGUUGCGCUUUAUCCAAGGCGUCUCCUUCAUGUUGGCAUUGGCUGGUAUAGUUGUUGCAGUCAUAGUAACAGAUCUUUCCCUGCCUGACAUCUUUGCGUGCAUCUUAGCAUUUGUGCCAACUGGAUGGGCAAUUCUCUCUAUAGCUGCAGCUUGGAAGCCUUUGGUGAAGAAGAUGGGUUUGUGGAAAUCUGUCCGUUCAAUUGCUCGGUUAUACGAUGCUGGAAUGGGAAUCGUCAUUUUCAUACCCAUCGCCAUCUUUUCGUGGUUCCCCUUCGUGUCAACUUUCCAAACACGCCUCUUAUUCAACCAGGCGUUCAGCAGAGGGUUGGAGAUCUCUCUCAUCCUUGCUGGAAACAAUCCCAACACUGGACUUUGAUAUUCCUUUGCCUUGUAAUUAUCAUUUAGGCUGUGGCCAACUCUUUGAUCGUAUUUUAGUUUCAUUAUCUUCAAGGCCUGCUCCCUUUUUUUC